UCGUCUGGUAUAUACAGCGGGAUGUAGAAAUUAAUCUAUGCGGCUAAUAACUGCCUACACAUGACGUGCAGAUCCCUGGACCAUCACAACCGAGAGCAAAACAACAAAAGGUGUUCACUUCUCGGAAACAUCGACCUUCUGUGAUAUCCAGACUUCGUCGCCCCCGGAAAUUGUGACGAUGUAUUUUCGACGACUUAGUUGAAUCGCAAUUGACUAACAAACCACCGGAAGCAGAUCCACUCCACGACCAAUUCACCAUGCCAUCACCAUCCAAACCCUCGCUCCUCUCCCUCUCUCUCCUCUUCUUUCUCCCUUCAACAAUCCUCGCGAGCAGCUCCUCCAACCUCGGCGCCGUCAACCCAGACGACCUCAUCGACCCUUCCACCGGCUACCUCAACCCCCAGGCCUACCUCUCCACGCACCCCAAACCCCCCUCUACCUCCUCCCACGCUCCCUGGACCACCCCACCCCUCUGCCACACCUCCGCCUCAAACUCCUCCCUAAAAUUCUGCACCUACACCUCCGCCCCCUCCUUCCUCAAUGGCCUCUCCCUCAUCACGACCCCCGCCCUCGCCGGGCUCGCAAUCCCCCACCUGGACGAACACCCCGUCCUCCAAUUCUUCCCUUCCGACGCGGAAGCCGAGGACUUCCUCGGCACCUCCCGCCCGUACGCCGUCGAGGAUAUCCCCGGCAAGGGGAAAGGCGUCGUGGCGACGCGCAGGAUCGCGCAGUACGAGACGUUCAUGGUCGACCAGGCGAACGUGGUCAUGGAUAAUCGCAUCGAGAAGGCGCUUACCGCCUCGCAGAGCCUCGAGUUGCUGCGCCGGGGGGUCGAUGGGUUACGGGAUCCCGGGCGGGUGAGGGGGUUGAGUGGGGAGCAUGCGGGGAGCAAACAGUCGAAGUCGAAGAUGGAGGGGGAGAAGGGGGAGGAGACGGUGGAUGAUAAGGACGAACACGUCAUGUUGACCAAUUCGUUCGGGACCGAGUUCGAGGGGGAGAACUUCAGGGCCGUGUUCCCGCUCGUGUCGAGGGUGAAUCAUGCUUGUGAUCCGAACUCAUUCGUAAUGUUCUCCGCGACCUCCCUCUCCAUCGCCCUCAAAUCCUACCGCCCCAUCCUGCCCGGCGAGGAAAUCACAAUCUCGUACGUGUAUCUCGGCACGCCGACGCCGCACCGGGCAUCCCAGCUCAAGAAGUGGGGGUUCGAGUGCGACUGUAGCCUGUGCUCGCGACCCAAGAAGGAGAUCGAAGAGUCGGAUGAGAGGAGGCGGAGGAUCCAGGAGGGGGAGAUGGAGUUUCAGAGGUUGUGGGAGCAGGAGAGGUAUCAGGCGGCGAUAGCGAAGGGGAAGGAGCUUGUGAAGUUGAUUGGGGAGGAGGGGUUGACGCCUAUGUGAGUUUGAUUGCGUUUCUUUGGAGUUUUAUCCUGGGGACUUUUGUUGUUGUUUCUGCACAAUCGUUCAAGCCCAUUCCCCAUUCCCCAAGGAAGAUGAUUGACGCAAAGGGCUGGCGAUACAGCAUCCUAUCCUCCAUGAACAUGCUCCCGGGCCAGA